GAGGGAGAAGAGGCUGGACUCUGGCUCUUGUUCCACCCACCCCUAGGAGCAGCUGUUCUCCACCUCUCUCUCUCCCUGGGAGAGUAAGCCGGGUCGUCCUGCCCUGAUGGCACCAGCGAUGCUCAUUCUGCCCCGCUCUUCCUGGGUGCCCCUGGUGAGGAGAGGAGCCUCUGGGGUUCAAAGCAUCCGGCAGGCCCAUGGCUCAGGAGACACUGGUAAGGUCCACACCAGCCAUCCCACAGCCUGCAGCCGGAAGAUGCCUCCGUAUACAAAAUACCACGCAGAGCGCAAUUACCCCAUGCCCGAUGAGCCCUUCUGUAGUGAGCUGAGCCCCCAGCAGCGGGCGCUGAAGGAAAAGGAGAAAGGGUCAUGGAAGCAGCUUACAGAAGCUGAGAAAGUGGCCCUUUAUCGCAUGCAGUUCCAUCAGACCUUUGCAGAGAUGAAUCGACCAUCCAACGAAUGGAAGACGGUGUUGGGGGGAGUCUUUUUUUUCUUUGGCUUCACUGGACUCCUGAUAUGGUGGCAGCGGCUAUAUGUGUUUCGAGAGAAGCCCAUCACAUUGUCGGAAGACUGGAAGUCGAAACAGUUGCAACGAGUAUUGGACAUGAAGGGAAAUCCAAUUCAAGGCUUGGCUUCCCGGUGGGACUAUGCUCAGAAGGAGUGGAAGAAGUGACUCUCUGCCUGAACUAUCUUGGCUCAUGUUUCCAAGCCAAUAUAGACCUGUGCCCACCCAACUCUAUUCUUGGGCUAGCUCCUACUGACUGCUUCUAUUCUUUUCACCUCCUUUCUUUUUCCUUUUCCUCCAUCUGCAUUUCUCUUCCUGUACCCUUUUCCCCUCAAUAAAGAAAUAUCAAACCUGG